CACGUCAACUCCCUUAAACUCUUGUAUCACUCUAAUCCCUAGAGUGAGAAAAGAGAAAAUCACACAAUAAAUAAAUAAAUAAAAAUUCACCAGUCUCUUUAGAUCUCAUCUUCCAUUCAAUUGCAAAUCAACAUUCUGUUUAAGAUCUGAGGCGAGAAAAGUACAAAGAUAAAAAUAAGUAAUGGGCUUGGAGAGGGAAAAUUUUGAUCACUCAGGACCCUUGCAUCUGACAACAGUUGACUGGACGAACGCCAGUCACCGAAGGUCUGUUGCAGCUAGUUUAGUUCAGAGUGUUUACAUUUUGGAGCGGGAUCGACAGGAGAAGCGUGAAGGAAGCGAAGCUCUUGCCCCUCCAUGGUGGAAGUUCUUCAAUUUUCAGCUAUACAGACAACUUAUCGAUGAUGCUGAUUCUUCCAUCUUUGGUGCUAUCUAUCAACUCAUUUGCACUGCAUCAGACAACAGCCCUUCAGCACAACAAGCCCCUCGGUACGUCAUUGUUUUUCGAGGCACUAUUACCAAAGGGGAUGCCUUUUCACGAGACCUCGAAUUGGACAUUCACAUUAUUCGAAAUGGUCUUCAUGGGACAUCUCGCUUCAAUAUAGCCAUACAAGCUGUCCGACACGUGGUGGCCACGUUUGGAAAUUGUGGUGUUUGGUUAGCUGGCCAUUCACUGGGGUCGGCCAUGGCGAUGCUUGCCGGGAAGCAUAUGGCGAAGAGUGGCGUCUUUCUUGAAGCAUUUUUGUUUAACCCACCAUUCUUUUCUGCCCCAAUCGAGAGUAUCAAGGAUAAAAAGGUGAAACAGGGGAUUAGAAUUGCGGGCAGUGUGAUUACUGCUGGACUUGCUUUUGCCAUGAAACAUAAGAACACGAAGAAACGGUCAGCAGAUUCAUUUGUUUCUUUGUCACGUUGGUUGCCAUGUCUGUUUGUCAACCGGGCUGAUCACGUUUGCUCAGAGUACAUAGGAUACUUUGAUCACCGAAAAAAGAUGGAGGAAAUUGGGAUCGGAGGUAUCGAGAGGUUGGCAACCCAACAUUCGAUUGGGGGUCUUCUGUUGAAUGCAAUGGGUAAGGAGUCGGACGAGCCACUGCAUCUUAUUCCUUCAGCGAAUCUGACGGUUAAUCACACUCCGUCACAAGACUUCAAAGAUGCUCAUGGUAUACACCAGUGGUGGCGACCUGAUCUGAAUCUCGAGUCGAAAGUUCAUUUUUACAAGUGAGAUAUCAUGGAUCUUUCCUCAUUCCAUAUGCACUUAUGCUCAACUGGUUGACUGAACGUGUGAGUAUUAUUCUCGAUGCCAUCGAUGUAUCAUUGUGUUUUGUUCUGUAUUCUCUUUGCCUUCUAUCUGUGGUGAUUAUGUUCAACUUCUAUUUCAUUGUAAAAUUUCAAUGUUAUUUCAUUGUAAAAUGUUAUUAGUUAGGGAAGCUAUUUUUUUCCCCCCUCUUUCUUCC